ACUGAUAAUUGUCAUCAUCAUCAUCAUCAACAUUAUCAUCAUCGUCAUCAUCAUAAUUGUCAGUAUUGUUAUGAUUAUCAUGAUUAUCAUUAGUAUUAAUUGAGGUGGGAUGAAAAAGUCAACUCUCUGUGAGACUGGAUAUGAAUGAAUAUUGGCACAUUGAGACAUUAAAAGAUCAACAUUGACUUAACCAUUUUUUUGCCACUUUUAAUUGUCAAUUAACUGUCCACUUUUGCUUUACAAUUUGUUCCAACUUUUGGCUCAUCUUUUCCGUUGUUCAACUCAGUUAAUCAAAUAUGAUGAUUGUGUUUCAUUUCAUUGUUUCAACCUUUCCGUUUCAACUUUAAUUAAACUUCAAACUUGAUUUGAUAUCAAAAAAAAGAUUCAAGUUUUACAUUUUACUUUCUGGUAAAAAUUUGAUUUCAACUUUUGGUUCGUUUUUUCAUCUUAAUUUAUUUUCCUUGAAUCUAUUCAAUUGAAAACAAUCAUCAUCAUUGAGUUGCCAUUAAACAUGUGUUCUUUUCUUUCUUGCCAAUGCUCCAAACUUGUCCAGGUUUUUGACCCAUCCUCACUUACCCUGUGCAAUCCACUGGUUCCCCUGACAGUAGCCUACUCACCGUUACAUGUUUCACCGGCAACUGCCCUUUGCUCAAGUUUACCCGGUCUUCCAACUCACCAUCACAUAACAACCCUUUCACCUGGACCACAGGUGGCACCUGCCUUGGCCACAACACUGGCACCCUCAACACCGUUAACAGCAACAUCAGUGUCUCACCUUCAGACACCCAAUUCACUGUCAUUUCAUUCAACCUCAACACAACCUCAACCUCUGCCACUACCACCAUCAAUACCAUCCUUCAUCCCACCUUCAAGUACAACUGGUUACUACAUACAACAAUCACCAAGCACACUCACCUCAUCAACCAAUUCAUCGCCCAUCAAUGGAUGUCCACCAUUAAUAAAACCCUCUCCAUGGAACCAAUCAUAUGGAAUGGAACAUGUUUGGAUGGCUCAUUUUACCUCAUUAUUCAAAUCAUAUCCUCACCAAUGGUGCCUUUUACCGGUUGAACAACGUCCCCUUGGUGGUAACUUUACAACUUUUGUCGACUCGGCCAAGGUACGCUUUUGUUGUGAAGAUUGUGGCCAUGGGUGGACAUCCAUGAAGGGACGAGUUGCCUUCUGGUUUGACUUAACUGCUUAUUCAGGUUAUUCACAAGGUUUGGUCACUUUCAAGCUGUUUGGUCAACAGUGUCAAAAGUGUAAAUCGGAAAUGUAUGAAGCUCCAAUGUGGUAUCCUGAAGAGGUGUUUAAGGUUCUGAUUAACCUUUUCAAUAAAGUGGGACAAAAUUAUUAUGGCUUUUACUAUCCUCCCUUGGAAAAGACUCGACGACCUGGUAAACCGCGAACUCCCCACAAUAGCCAGUUAUGUCAAGCAUGUAAAGACGGUGUUUGCACCAAUCGUAAAUAAUUGAAACCCUCAAAGCUCUAGACCAAAGGAACUAUUUUGAUCACCUUUUUUUGUACUGAUCAAAGUUAUUAAAUUUUAAACGUUUAGUUGAAAGUAGCAUUGAAAAAAAUUGUGCGUUUGAAGUGCAAGCUGGUUUUGAUACUCUUUUUUUGGUGCUUCAACGGUUCCAUUAGGUGACUUACAACUUUAAUCAUUGUGACUGUCGUUAUUCAAUAAUCACAAUAUUUUAUGUUUAAAAUCUGAAGAAUAAAUGCAUAAAUUAAAUUAUUUAAAA